AAAAUAUUCCUAAAACUUUGGUUAGGUAACUUUUUUAUGAAAAUAUGAAAUAUGGUUUAAAUAGUUCAAUUGUUGUUACAUUUUAUACGAAGAAAGUUUUUUCUAGAGAAUUUCUUCAUGAGAAUAUACACAUUUUAUCGUAACAUUCUAAUAGGUAUUCCCAUUGGAAUUACUGUAUUAGAUUCAGUUGGAUAUGUAGCACGAGUUGAUGGAUCGUCUAUGCAACCAGCAUUAAACCCAGAUAAUACCGUUACAGAUUAUAUAUUUUUAAAUCGUUGGGCAGUGCGAUCAUAUGAAAUUGAACGAGGUGAUAUUGUGUCAUUAAUUUCACCAAAAAAUCCUGAUCAAAAAAUUAUUAAACGUGUAAUUGGUUUACAAGGAGAUAUUAUUAACACAAUUGGCUAUAAGAAACCAUAUAUUUGUGUACCAGAAGGAUAUUGUUGGAUUGAAGGGGAUCAUACUGGAAAUUCUUUAGAUUCAAAUACAUUUGGACCUGUUUCAUUAGGAUUAAUUACUGCAAAAGCAUCAGUAGUUGUUUGGCCUCCAUCACGGUGGCAAAAAUUAGAAACUAAAUUACCUCCAGAUCGGACACCGAUUAAUUUAGGUGAUUUUACAAAUUGUUUCAUCAACCCCAAUUUGAUAUGCAGAGGUGACAACAAAACUUUCUGGCGGCACCAAAGUAGUACUGAUAACAUUUUUAUCCCCGGGUUUUAAAAUUUCUCGGGGUGGCCAAUCACUUUUAGCCCAGUGCUGUUUUCUAGCUCUACUGUCCCAUAAGCAUAAGAAGCAUGGAUAUUUAGUAUAGCCUGCCUGCUGACCCAAAAGCAUCGUAAGUAUUUUGUCCCCACAAACCAUCCAUUGAAGGUCCUGAUAUUUGAUUCUUUCCAGGGUAAUGGCCAAAUUGUUAUAGUUAGUUUUCUUCCAUAUGCACAGAA